UACUCUUGCAUCACGUGUGUUUGGUGUCUUUCGAGUUUGUCGAUAUCAUGUGUCAAAAUAUGUUAACCUUGUCCAAAACAAAGCAUUCUCACAGUCUAACUAUGGUGUAAUUUACUUUGCAAAAAGGUGUUUUUUUAACAAUGACCGUCGGCGUGCACUGCCGUAUGUGAUUGGCUACAUGGGAGCAUCUCGGGCACUGUUGGGAUUUAGCAAAAAAGAAAAAGAAGAUCCUGUUACCACCCUUUUCCGCGAAGCUCGUACUGCACAGAUUCAGAAAAAUUACGACGUUGCCGAAAAGCUCUUCCAUGAUUGUCUGAACGUCGUGAAUGACCAGAAGAAAGAAAAUAAAAUCGAUGAGAGCGAAUACCUUCAUGCAAAAUCGAACAUAUACGACAGCAUGGCCGACAUGGCUCUUUCUCGGGGACAUUUCAGUGAUGCUGAAGUACUGUACAAAGAAACUAUGAAGUGUUGUUUGCAGAUGGGCAAAUCGCAGGAUGACAACGCACUCAUCGAAAUGUCUGUGAAGCUGGCGAGCAUCUACGCCAUGAUGAAACGUGACAAAGAAGCAGUGCAGGGAUUCAAGUUCUGCAUCGACGCACAAGAAAAGAAGGUGAAGGAAAAUGCUGACAGCAGUGAGGAUACGGUGGCUUUACUGGGUCUGGCCCUGGAGAGCUAUGGUCGCUACCUGAUGUACAACAAGAAGCUGGAAGAGGCUCAGCCACUUUUUGAACGAGCUCUGCAAAUCGCCAAGAAAACACUUGGCGAGGAUCAUGUGCAGACGCUGAUUUUGAGGAACGACUUGGCGACAUUGGACAUACUCAACAAGAACUACGUACAGGCGGAGAGUAAUCUCAGAGAAGCCAUUAAGAUUGGGGAGCGAGUGGAUUCUCCCGAAACGCCAGUGUUGUACAUCAAUUUGGGUGCAAUAUUCCUCCGAAAAGCAGACUCUGAUAAUGCACACAAUGUUUGCAGUCAUGCUCUGGUUGUUGCGAAGAAAAUUGGAAAUAUUAUGGCUAUCAGCCAAGCGAAACGGUGUUUGGAAAAGUCCAAACAACUGAGGCUAAGAAAGGAAAAUAAUGUAGCAACUGGGUAAUAAUACUAAUAUACAUAAUAUAAACUGUACGUACAUCUCAGAGGUAUUUCUAUGUGUAAAUACCAAAAGAUUUUUGUCUUUUUUAAUAUUUAUUUUAGAUGUUUACAGGUACGUAACAUUGGUUUUUGAAUAAAUAUUCAGAUCUG